AUUUUGAGAAGUCGAGGAUCGAAUUGACAUGGCAUCACGCAAGUACGCAACAUCGUAAAUUCGUAACUUCCCUACAGCCGCAUCGUGAUUCGCUCACGUUCGAUGGAAACAGGGAGAGCCGUUAGAUCGAGGCCGAACACUUUGGUGAGGGUUCUUCCGUUCCGUCGUGGGCCGUUCUCACGCUUCCUCGUCAUAUAUAAUACUGUAGGCGAAUGAGCUCUCCGGCGAGGUCAUCGGCGUCGGCGGCGAGCGCGGGCCCCGGGGGCGGCGGAAGCAACGCCGGAGCCGGAGACGACGGCGGCGGCAGUGGCUCCGCCUAUCAGUUCCCCUCCGAUCCCAUCUCCGCCCUCGAUCGCAAGGACGAAGCCCUCGCCGCGCUGAGAUUGGAGGUAACGGCGGCGCUUCAGAAGGAGGUGAAGUCGUUGGAUGAGGAUAGUUGGAUGUUCGCUGGCCCUCGCUCUCGAAUCAACCUGAUUUCAAAAACUGGCGGGUACCAACUGAAACGAGCUGGAAGGCAGGGAGAGAUGAACCAACAAGUGAAGCAAAAGAGAAAUUUUUGAUUUGCUACUUUACCUGUUGAUUUUGCCGUUGAGUACGCAUUAGCAAGUAAUGAAACUGCGUGACUGAAAAAUGUUUUGCUGAGAUUCCCUGCCGAGUGUUGCAUUACAAGGGCAACCACUAUUUCAGUAGAGGUGAGACUAAGAAUGCAGCUUUGUUUAACUUUGUUGAUGAUCUGUUUUGACAAUUUGACCCAAUUUUAAUCUUUUUUAGGUGAAUGCCGAGUUGAAUACUAGCGUGUAGGAAUACCCUUAUACAGCCAAAAAAAAUGUAUAGAUAUUUGGAAUUUGGAUUAAAGUGUCUUAAUUUUAUUUCUUCAA